UUUUACCGUGCGGCCCAAAACUAAUUACUGGUCCAAAUCGAACCGACCCAUUUUCAAAAUCAAAGCCGAAAAUUCUAUUUUCCCGCCCAAACAUUUGCCCGUUUGAAAGUUGUCUUUCCCCUUUCAGACUUUCCAUAAAUCCUUAUACAUUGAUAAUGGCGGUGUUAGUGUAGGAGUUGUGGGCAUUACGCAGGGGACUACUAGUAAGAAAAGAUAAAGAAACCAGUUUGUCGAAAACGAAAGAGGGAGGAUAUCUACAAUUAUUCAAUCGCAGCUCGUGAUUGACGGGGGGAUAGAGAUGGAAUCGACGGCAACCGCCGCCGGCGAGUUCGUGCCUGAGUCUACUCAGCCGGCGUCCCGAGCUCCUAGGCUAUUUAUUAAGGAGAUGGUGAUGAAGAAUUUUAAAUCUUAUGCGGGCGAACAGCGCGUUGGCCCUUUUCACAAGAGUUUUUCUGCUGUGGUUGGUCCCAAUGGAAGUGGGAAGAGCAACGUCAUAGAUGCCAUGCUUUUUGUGUUUGGAAAGCGAGCUAAACAGAUGAGGCUAAAUAAAGUGUCCGAGCUUAUUCACAACUCCACGAACCAUCAGAAUUUGGACAGUGCUGGUGUAUCAGUCCACUUUCAAGAGAUUAUUGAUUUGGACGGUGGGGCUUAUGAAGUUGUCCCUGGAAGUGAUUUUGUGAUCUCACGUGUUGCCUUCCGGGAUAAUUCAUCUAAGUAUUAUAUCAACGAUAGAGCUAGUAAUUUCACAGAGGUCACCAAGUUGUUGAAAGGGAAAGGCGUUGACUUGGAUAACAACCGCUUUUUGAUUCUUCAGGGUGAAGUGGAGCAAAUAUCGCUUAUGAAGCCGAAAGCACAGGGGCCACAUGAUGAAGGCUUUCUUGAAUACCUUGAGGAUAUAAUUGGAACUAACAAAUACGUCGAGAAGAUUGAUGAAUCAUUUAAGCAGCUGGAAGGGCUUAACGAAAAGAGGUCUGGUGUUGUUCAAAUGGUUAAGUUAGCUGAGAAAGAAAGAGAAAGCCUCGAAGGUGUCAAAAAUGAAGCAGAAGCUUUCAUGCUUAAAGAAUUGUCACUUUUUAAAUGGCAAGAGAAAGCUACUAAUCUAGCAUCUGAAAAUAAUUUGGCUCAGAUAGCUGAACUGCAGGCAACUGUUUCAAGCCUAGAAGAAAAUGUAAAGAUUGAAAGGGAGAAAAUUCGAGAAAAUUUAACAACAUUAAACGAACUUGAGACUUUGCAUGCGAAGUAUCGGAAGAGAUAUGAGGAACUAGAUGGUGACCUCAGGCGUUGCAAGGAUGAAUUUAAGGAAUUUGAAAGGCAGGAUUUGAAACAUCGGGAAGAUUUUAAGCAUUUGAAGCAAAAGAUUAAAAAGCUUGAUGAUAAAAUUGAAAAGGAUUCAACUAAAAUUACUGAUCUCACAAAAGAGUGCGAAGACUCUACAAAUUUGAUUCCUCAGCUCGAGGAAGACAUUCCUAAGCUACAACAACUUUUAGUGAAUGAGGAGAAAAUAUUGGAUGAAAUUAAGGAAAAUUCUAAAGCUGAAACUGAAGUUUUUCGUAGUGAGCUUGCUGAUGUUCGUAAUGAACUAGGACCCUGGGAAAAGCAAUUGAUUGAACAUAGAGGAAAACUCGAAGUUGCUUCAGCUGAGAAAAACCUUCUAACUAAAAAGCAUGAAGGUGCUCGUGCUGCUUAUGAAGAUGCACAGAAGCAAAUUAGUGAAACUAACAGAAGCAUUGAGACAAAGACUUUAAGUGUAAAGGAUACUCAAAAUAAGCUAGAGAAACUCAAACUUGAAGCAUCCGAGGCUCGUAAAACAGAGAAAGCGUGCCUUGAAGAACAGGAGAGGUUGAUUCCUCUUGAACAGGCUGCAAGACAAAAGGUUAUGGAGCUUUCAUCUGUUAUGGAAUCUGAAAAGAAUCAGGGAUCUGUCCUAAAAGCAAUACUCCAAGCUAAGGAAUCAAAUCUUAUCCCAGGAAUAUAUGGCCGAAUGGGAGACUUAGGAGCCAUUGAUGCAAAAUUUGAUGUUGCUAUAUCAACAGCAUGCGCCGGACUCGAUUAUAUUGUUGUGGAAAAAACUGCUGCAGCACAAGCGUGUGUUGAGUUACUACGCAAGCAAAACCUUGGUGUUGCAACUUUCAUGAUUCUGGAGAAACAAACUAAUCAUCUGCAUAGAUUAAAGGAAAAAGUUGUCACGCCUGAGGGUGUUCCACGUCUAUUUGACUUGAUCAACGUUCAGGAUGAGAGGAUGAAACUUGCUUUUUAUGCAGCAAUAGGGAACACAAUUGUAGCUAAAGAUAUUGAUCAGGCAACUCGCAUUGCUUAUGGUGGGAAAAAAGACUCGUGGCGCGUUGUGACAUUAGAUGGUGCACUGUUCGAAAAGUCUGGUACUAUGACCGGUGGAGGAAAUAAGCCACGUGGGGGUAAAAUGGGAACGUCUAUUCGUGCUAGUGUCUCUGGAGAAGCUGUGACGAAUGCUGAAAAGGAGCUUUCUGAUUUGGUUGAAAGCUUAAGUGCUGUAAGGAAAAGAUUAGCUGAUGCGGUAAAGUUUUGCAAGGAAUCAGAAAAGGCAAUUUCGCCCCUCGAGAUGGAGGUGGCUAAAUGCCAGAAGGAGAUUGAAAGUCUAAAGUUGUUGUUGGUUGAUCUUGACAAACAACUAUAUUCCCUCAAGGCAGCGUCGGAGCCAAUAAAGGAAGAGGUGAAUAAGCUGAAGGAACUGGGAAAAAUCAUUUCCUCUGAAGAGAAAGAAAUCAAUAGGCUUAUGCAGGGUUCAAAGGAUCUGAAAGAGAAGGCUUUGGAGCUCCAGAACAAAAUAGAAAAUGCCGGGGGAGAAAGGUUGAGAAACCAGAAGUCUAAAGUUGACAAAAUUCAAUCUGACAUCGACAAAAAUAGCACUGAGAUAAACCGACGCAAAGUUCAAAUAGAAACAGGUCAGAAAAUGAUUAAAAAACUAGUUAAGGGAAUUGAAGAGUCCAGAAACGAGAAAGAACGCCUUUUAGAGGAAAAGGAAAAAAUAAGUUCCACUUUCAAAGAAAUUGAACAGAAAGCUUUUUCUGUUCAAGAGAAUUAUAAGAAUACACAGGAGAUAAUAAAUAAACACAAAGAUGUCUUGGAUCAAGCGAAUUCUGAUUAUGAAAAAUUGAAGAAAGUUGUGGAUGCUUUGCGUACAUCUGAGGUAGAUGCUGAGUUCAAGUUGCAAGAUAAGAAAAAAGCAUAUGUAGAGUUGCAAAUUAAGGGAAAAGGUUACAAAAAAAAACUUGGUGAUCUUCAAGCUGCUCUCUCGAAGCACAUGGAACAGAUUCAGAAGGAUUUAAUUGAUCCCGAAAAGCUUCAAACGGUAUUGACAGAUGUAACUCUUGUCGACACAAAUGACCUUAAGAAAGCCCUUGAGAUGGUGGCACUUCUUGAAGCUCAGUUGAAAGAAAUGAAUCCAAAUCUGGACUCGAUCUCAGAGUAUCGGAAAAAGGUCAGCUUGUAUAAUGAGAGGGUUGCGGAUCUUAAUUUAAUCACUCAACAGCGUGAUGACAUAAAGAAGCAAUACGAUGAAUGGAGGAAGAAGAGGUUGGAUGAAUUCAUGGCUGGUUUUAACACAAUAUCGUUGAAACUGAAAGAAAUGUAUCAGAUGAUUACAUUGGGAGGUGAUGCAGAACUUGAGUUAGUCGACUCUUUGGAUCCAUUUUCCGAAGGUGUUGUUUUCAGUGUCAGACCGCCGAAAAAAAGCUGGAAAAAUAUUGCAAACUUGUCAGGCGGUGAAAAGACGCUCAGCUCAUUAGCACUAGUUUUUGCCCUCCACCACUAUAAACCAACUCCGCUUUAUGUAAUGGACGAGAUUGAUGCUGCUUUAGAUUUCAAGAAUGUUUCGAUUGUUGGGCAUUAUGUGAAAGACCGUACUAAGGAUGCACAAUUCAUAAUCAUAAGCCUCCGGAAUAACAUGUUUGAGUUGGCCGAUCGGCUAGUUGGAAUUUACAAAACUGAUAACUGCACCAAGAGUAUUACCAUCAACCCAGGCAGCUUUGUAGUUUGCGAGCAGGUUUCUUAAGUUUCUUGCAAACACCUUUAUCUUCUUGUGUAUUUAUAAAAUAUCUUUUUUUUUUCGGGUAAUCAUAUUUAUUGAAUAUUUCAUACGUAAUUUUUUUGCCAGAUUCGUCUACUAAUUAUUUCAUAUUGUCAUCAUCUGGCAAGUUAGUGUUGUGACGAACGAUGAUUAGUUAUGUAAUCCAAUCAAACACGUCGAUGAA